CAUAGCAUGGGGAGACACAGAGAGAAGAGAUGCUAGCAAAGCAGUGCUGAGUGCUGGAUCUGAUAAGAGUAAGGAGCUCCUCCCACAGUAUAGAGAGAGACAGUGUGAGAGAGCCAGAGAGAGAGGUGCUGGCUGAUUCCAGCUCCACACACACACAUACAGCUACAGACCGGGACGGUAGCUUGGGCUCUGCCCGCUUGCUGCAGCCGGAGCUGGCUACAAGGGAGCAGCUUGCACCCUACUGCGGACCUCAACUGGAGUCUACCCCCAGCUGGGGGAUUCAGCUCGUCUUGACUACGUGUUUUUUGUGCAUCCGGGUGGGAUUUUAUUAUUAUUGUAUUUUUUUUUUUUUAAUUCCUUAUUUGCACAAUCUUGAUUGCUGGACUUGCUCGUGUGGAUGUGACACCGGGAGUAAAAGAGAGCAAAGAGAUAAGGAGACGAUGACGAGCAGAGAACGAGGCAGGAGAAAAGCUGAGCAAGAACAGCCAAAUCCUUUAAGUCUAAGAAUGAAGACACUUGCCUCCUGCUGCUUUCUAUGGACUUUUCUCCAUCUUCCAUUACUUGGAUCUUCCACUAAGGUGGAAUACAGGGUGCUUGAAGAGCAGCCACCUAAUGUUUUGAUUGGGAGCCUGGCUUCUGAUUAUGGUCUACCAGACACGGGUCACCUUUACAAACUGGAGGUGGGCCAACCUUACUUGCGUGUUGAUGGCAAGACAGGGGACAUUUACACCACAGAGACUUCCAUUGAUCGAGAGAAUCUGCGAGAAUGCCAGUAUGAACAGCAGUGCUACUUGGAGUUUGAGAUAUCCAUUACUGAUUUGAUGUCUCCCGUCCCACGGCUUCUUGAUGGAAAAAUUGAAGUCCUGGACAUAAAUGACAAUACUCCCAACUUUGCUUCCCCAGUCCUCACUAUUUCGAUUCCAGAACAUACCACUAUUGGGACACUUUUCCCCAUUCCACUUGCUAAUGACAGAGACUCUGGGGUAAAUGGGGUGGACACUUAUGAGCUAGUUGUAGGAAAUGAUGCCAAUGAGCUGUUUGGACUUCAGGUAGCCGAGGACCAAGAUGAGAAGCUACCCCAGCUUAUUGUUAUGGGAAAUCUAGAUCGAGAACAGAGGGACUCUUAUGACCUAACUAUUAAAGUUCAAGAUGGAGGCAGCCCACCUAGAGCUAGUAGUGCUCUAUUACGUAUUGCCAUAGUUGACAUUAAUGACAAUGCUCCAAAGUUUGAAAGAAUGGCUUAUGAAGCAAUGUUGUCUGAAAACAGCCCUAUAGGACACUCUGUACUACAGGUAAAAGCCAAUGAUUCUGACCAGGGCGCUAACGCAGAGAUCGAUUAUGCCUUCCACCAAGCUUCUGAUAAUGUGAAACGGCUGCUUCAUCUAGAUAGAACAACCGGUCUCAUUACAGUGCAAGGACCCAUUGACCGGGAGGAAGUCAGUACCCUGCGGUUUUCUGUAAUGGCAAAGGACAAGGGAUCUAAUCCUAAAUCAGCCCGCACACAGGUAAUCAUUACCAUCCGUGACACAAAUGACAAUAAACCAGUUAUUGAGAUAAGAGGAAUUGGACUAGUAACACAUCAGGAUGGUGUGGCAAAUAUCUCUGAAGAUGUCCCUGUUGAGACUGCUGUAGCUUUGGUACAGGUGUCUGACAGAGAUGAAGGUGAGAAUGCAGCUGUGACUUGCGUAGUUGCACGUGAUGUACCCUUCCAGCUGAAGCAAGCUAGUGAAACAGGCACUGACAGCAAAAAGAAAUACUUUCUUCAAACAACGGCACCACUGGACUAUGAAGCAGUGAAAGAGUACACUAUUGAAAUUGUGGCUGUCGAUUCUGGUAACCCUCCACUUUCCAGCACCAACUCUCUUAAAGUUCAAGUGAUGGAUGUGAAUGACAAUGCUCCUGUCUUUACACAGAGUCUGAUGGAAGUGGCUUUUCCAGAGAACAACUCGCCUGACGAAAUUGUGAUGGAAGUGAGUGCAACUGAUGCUGACAGUGGCUCCAACUCCCAGAUAUCUUACUCCAUUGUCACUGACCCUUCCUCUCGAGGUAUAUUCUCAAUUCAUCCAGACUCUGGUCAGAUUAGAGUAAAUGCUGUGUUAGACAGAGAGCAACGAGAGCAUUAUGAUUUCCAUGUCGUUGCCUCUGAUAAAGGUACUCCAAGCCAAAAGGGAACUGCUUCUGUGGUUAUCACUGUGUUAGAUCGUAAUGACAAUGACCCCAAAUUUAUGCUAAAUGGUUACAACUUCUCAGUCAUGGAAAACAUGCCACGUUUGAGUCCUGUGGGCAUGGUGACAGUUAUUGAUGCAGACAAAGGUGAAAAUGCUCAUGUCCAGCUCUCAGUAGAGCCAGAAAGUGGAGAGUUUAUCAUCCAAAAUGGGACAGGCACUAUCCUUUCCAGCAUCUCCUUUGACAGGGAGCAUCACAGUACCUACACUUUCCGAUUGAAGGCAGUAGAUGGCGGAGACCCUCCCCGUUCAUCUUAUGUCGGGGUGACCAUAAAUGUCCUUGAUGAGAAUGACAAUGCUCCAGUGAUUGUUGUACCAUCAAACAGUUCCUACACACAUCUUUCAACUCAAACUCGGCCAGGUACACAGGUAAACCGGGUACGGGCUGAGGAUAUGGAUACUGGAUUAAAUGCAGAACUUCUUUACAGCAUUGCUAGCGGCAAUCCAUUUGAGCUGUUUGAGAUUUCUCCUACUGGGGGUGAGGUAACAUUAGAGAAAGAGAUCUUAAGAAAGCACCAUGGUCUUCAUCGACUAGUAGUUAGGGUGAAUGAUAAAGGAAAGCCUUCAAGACAUGGCACUGCUUUAGUCCAUUUCUACAUCAAUGAAACUUUAACAAAUCAGACAUUUGUGGAGACAUUACUUGGUCACAGUCAAGACACACCAUUGGACAUUGAUAUUGCUGGAGAUCCAGAGUAUGAACGUAGCAAACAACGUAGUAAUAUCCUAUUUGGUGUUAUUGCUGGCAUUGUGGCAGUCAUUUUAGUUAUUGUGUUGGUAGUUGUAGUCCGCUACUGUAGGCAGAAAGAAGCCAAGAGUGGUUAUCAAGCAGGAAAGAAGGAAACAAAAGAUCUUUAUGCUCCAAAGCAGGGUAAUAAAAACAACAAAAACAAAGUUAAAGCCAAGAAGAGCAAAUCUCCAAAGCCACCCAAACCUGUGGAGGAGGAUGAGGAAGCUGGGUUGCAAAAAUCCCUCAAGUUUAAUUUGAUGAGUGACUCUGUUGGAGAUAGCCCAAGAAUUCACCUCCCUUUGAAUUACCCACCAGGGAGCCCAGACUUAGGACGUCACUAUCGCUCCAACUCCCCACUGCCAUCCAUUCAGCUUCAGCCUCAAUCCCCAUCUGCUUCUAAGAAACACCAAGUAGUACAAGACCUGCCAGCAGCUAACACUUUUGUUGGCACAGGGGACAACAAUUCCACUGGCUCUGAUCAGUACUCGGAUUACAGCUAUCGGACCAACCCCCAGAAAUACAACCACAAGCAGUUACCUCAUCGCCGAGUGACGUUUUCUACAUCCAAUCAGGCACCUGAUAUCCAAGACCCCUCACAGCAUGGCUACUAUGAUAGUGGUUUGGAAGAGUCGGAGACUCCGAGUAGCAAGUCUUCAUCUGGGCCAAGAAUAGGACCUUUGGCGCUCCCAGAGGACCAUUAUGAGCGCACAACCCCUGAUGGCAGCAUUGGUGAGAUGGAGCAUCCUGAAACAGCAGAUCUCAGACCACUGCCUGAUGUAGCCAUGACAGGAAAUUGCACGCGGGAAUGCACAGAAUAUGGACACUCGGAUACUUGUUGGAUGCCCGGCCAGCCAUCCCCAAACCGCAGGCCUAAGAAUGCCCUCAAGCUCUCAACAUUUGUGCCUUACCAAGACAAGGGGAGCCAAGAGCAAAUUGGCAAUGGGAACCCCAGAAUUCCAGAGGAGCGUGUCGGAGGCAACAACAACAGCACCACCAAAAUGGCUAACAUCCAGCUGUUACCGACAUACAGUGCCUUUUCAAGUAACAGCCAUGAGUCAUGUACGGACUCCCCUAUGGAGGAAAUCCCACUAACCCAAGCCGCUGACUUCCAGCAUGCCACAACUCCUUCCUCUCAGUCUGCCAAGAGGGAGAUUUAUCUGUGAGAUUUUAUUUGAACUUUGGAAUGGAUUGGACUAAAGGAACCUAAAAACAAUUGGGAGUUACUGAUUUUAUCCAGGAACCUAAACCAGGCUAACUUUAAAAUUGAGGGUAUUGACUAAAGACAAAAAAUGCUUUAUGGUCCAUGCAACUGCUUUUGGGGUUAAACCUACAUUACUUUUGAUUUUGUUUUGUUUCAUUUUUUUUUUCUUUCAACUUUAUAUUCCCCCACCUCCCUCUCCGUGCAAAACUCCAAGUCACCUUCAACAUAGACAAUUCAUUGCCAUAAAUAUGAGAACUGUAUUUGGUGGGUGGGAACGCACAUUUUUUUAAGGAAUAGUUUUUAUAAAGGGAACUUGUGCAUUUAGUUUCUCUAUCCAAAGAGGAGAAACUGCAGAGUGAAGGAGAACUUAAUAAGCCAUUGUGGUUGGUGUUUGAGGUCAUGUGAAGGAGGGAGGUGUUCAUUUUCAAUACUGUCAACUUAUCUGGUACGGAGAGUGAAUGUGCGCAUUUACAGGAUUUCCUUUCUAUUUGUAAAGGCUCAAAACACAACUUUUUUUGUAAUUGAGCAUUUAAAAUUAUUUUGUUUAGAAUAUUUGAAUAUUUAUCUUAGCCAUUUUAUGCUAGGUCAAAUGUCUGCCCUUGCAGCUUGUUAUCCAUGUUAAUUAUUUUCAGAAAAAUAUGACAGGCUACUAAUUAUACAGAUAGUUUUACAGUAAAAUUACAUUUGAAGUCUCUUUUGGCAUCCACUAACAUUACAGUAGCGCCUUGACUGGAUAUAUGUUAAUGGACCCAAAUUUCUUUAAAAAAAAAAGUAAUAGCACUGUGUCCUUCUGUUUUAAUUUUUCGAUGUUUUGAUCCAUCCCAGCAGCAUAGCCUGGCAGUUCCAUUUCAUAUUGUACGAUUAGGUUUUUAAAUGAACAAAUGGCAUGUUUAUAUCACUAUCGCUGGAAAUCUAUUGAGCAGCGCAAUUUCUUUUGUAAAAGAUUUGCUGCUGUUUUGAAGGUCUUUUAGACAGUGGUGUUUUCUUGCAUCUUGGGCAAUGUUAUGUUGGCAAAGAACAUUAGUUUUAGUCAUGUGUUUUUAGGUAUCCACACGUCAGCCCUUAUAGCCAACCAAUAUUUUAUGACGCUACCUGGUUAAAAUCACAUUAUUUAAAUCAACUUGGUUUACUGCAUGCUAGUGAUCAUAUAAACUUAAGGCUACAGUACUCGGCCAGGAGCCUAAUGGAGAAUGGGUCGAUAUUACAGGAAAACUACAUGCUUGGAGAGGUUAUUUCUAGACCAAUUUACUACUUGCGCUAUGGCCAAAAAAUCUAAAGUAUAGCCUGUCUAUGUCACCAUGUUCCAUAGCUAGACGGUUGUAAAGAGUAAGAAAAAUAAACCAAAGGUGCCCUUUGAUAUAUGUACAGCUGAUUGUAUGGGAAAGCCAGAUGGGGACCAAACUGUUUUGUAUCUGCAUAACCAACCCAUGUGUUACAGGGUAAGCUAUGAGUUUGACUGGCCUUUUCAAAUGGACUUCUGUAAAUACAAACCUUUUUGAACAAAUAUCAACCCUGCCUGAUUUCAGCUUUUAUGGUUGUUAUAAACAUUCUUGCUUAUUUAUUGUUACUCCUUAUAAACUAUUAACGUUCCAGGUUGGCCUUGUCAUUUUGCACAGCUUUGCUUUGGAGACGGUGGCGAUGGAUUGAAAUAAAGAUAAUAUUGAUUUAGUUUGGAAGGAAGAAAUCUCGGAAAGCAGAUUAAAAUAGUUAAGUUUAAAGUGUGCAUUUCCUGACUAGUAUAGUACAAGACCAUGUUCUUGUCACCUAAUUGUGAACCAGAACUGAUCACUAUUCUAUUGAUAGACCCUUAUUGCACCUGCACCUUUAAAAUUUUAAAACCAUUGUUUUGUACUCUGCAAAUUGUAAGCAGAAAGGUUUUGUAUCUUCAGAAAACUUCUAUACAGUGUAUGUUAUUUUCUUUUGUGUGUGUGCACAGGGCCUUUGUGUGUGCACGUGGCCUUUAUGUGCGUGCACAUGGCCAGGGAAAAUACUACUUUUUAUUUUUCUGACUACUCUGCACACAGUUUAUAAAGUGUAGGAAAAACAUUAGUUUCCUUUACUGUGCUCUGUUUCACAUACAAUAUAUACUAAAUGCCCUUUAAUUUGGAGACACUUCUGCCGUUUGUCUGCAUUGGCAAACAGUGUCUUCAGAAUAUGACUAGAAGACAACGACUGGCUAAUCAUACAAUACAGACCUGUCUUUGUUUCUCCAUCUCACUUCUUUUUUUUAAAUAAAAAACACAAAAAAAACACACAAAAAAGCACCCAGAUGAAAUACAAUAUCAUGUUAAUUAGGCCCAUAUCCUAUUAUUAAUUCACACUUAUUUUAACUCUAAAAAUACUAUUGUACAUGUUAUUGCUGUGGUAGCCAUAACCAGAAUUAGUGGUAUGAAUUGAAGUGUGCAUGUUUGUGGUGUUAUACGUGAUAGCAUCCCUUACCAUUAUUUCUUCACGUAGACCUGUACACUUUUUUUUUAUAUGUAAGUGCUACAUUUUCAAAACAUUUUUCUUUUUAACACAAAACUUAUUUUUCUAAUUUCCUUACUUGGAUUUAACACUUACAUGUCCCAGUUUAUGGAAUUUCUAUUGUAAAACUCCUUUUUAUUUGGCCCACACAUCUCUGCUCACAAAGCAAAGGGUUAAAUCUCCUAGUCAUGCACUUAAAAUCCACACAAUACGCCAUAGGCGGAAUCCUGCGCUGCAUAAUUCUAUUCACUGUAUCAUGAUCUUGGAAUGUUUGAACUACAUUAACUCAUCCAUCAUGUUAUUGUACUUAUUUUCCAGGAAAUACCUUUAUUAAAAUAGAUAUCCUGACUCUUCAAGAUCAUACAUUAGCAGUGUAAAAGAGUUGAGGACAUUUUUCUUUCAUAUACCUAGAUUCCUUUCCAGCAUCAGUUCUCUAUAGAUUCUUAUCUAACCCCUGCUGUCUCUCUGUUUUAUCUUACACUUCCUUUUUCAUUUUGCAAUCCAAAUUUUGUAUGUAUAGUUUACAUUCAAUGCCGAAUGGGGAUUGCCAUAAAUGUACAGAUGUGACAUUAUGAUACAAAGGUUAGCCACAGUAUCUUGGAAAACGUAUGAUUGUUACUGCAUUCUUUUUGUAGUGGGUGGGGUAUUGUUUUUGUGAGAAAUACUAUAUAUAUAUUUUGUAGCAGUUUUAUGCCUGAAAAAAAGAGGAGGAAAUCUCUUCAUGCACAGGGUAUGGGAAUUGGGUUGAAGAAUAUACAGUAAAUAUGAGUGACACCUUUGGUCAAUUUGACAAAAAUGAGAUACACAUGUAUAGUUUUUAAUAGAGGUAAAUAUAUUUAUUUUUCAGAUUACAAUAAAGAACAUGAAUACCAUGGUGAAUACAGUAAGGAUUCAAGGUCAAACUGGAGAGAUAAAUGUGUAACAAGCUCUGAUUUGGAGGACACACCGAGCAUUGUAGUUAAAUUCUGGACAUCUGAAUUGGUUUCCUUACAUUACAUCCAUUAUCACAAAGGCUUUUAGUUUAAUAUUAAAUGUACUGUGGGAGUUCUUCAGCAACAGUUGUGUAUAAUACAUUUCUUAGAACUGCUGACAUUCCAAGGUUUUUUCACAUAACGUUUGCAGAGGUGCAUCCAUUAAUAUGUUUCUACUAUGACAAUACAUUAUACAUAGCGUGUAUAAAGGUCCUGUUAAGAUAAUUGUUAAAGCAGUAGAGGGAAUUUGGCCAAUCUUCAGAGUAAAGAAUUGGCUGUUGUCAGUUAUAUACAUCAGCAAAUCUUAGACAAAUGUAGAUAUUUUCUAUGGAGCAUAGACGUUAAUAUACAGUAUUGUAUAAGGUUUACCUUCUAUAUUUCCCCAUCACAGAGAUGAUGAUACCUUUCUGUAUUCUCUCCAUCAGACACAUCUAUAGAACAUUAGCUAUAGCAAUUGACUUAACAUACAAAUCCAUGAGAGAAUGGUAUGUGUGACUUUAUAUAAUUGCAAAAUUACAUGUUGAUAAACUGGGGGUAGUAUGUUAAAAAAAAGAGAUUUGGCUUUAGUGUGACUUAAAUUUGAAAUCAAAGUGUAAAUAAUAAAUAAGAAAAGCUGUUUUGCACAUUGUAGAUUCCAAUGGUAGACAGAUGCAAUACAGUCUGGGACUGAUUACCGGAUAAAGAAAUAUUGUCUCAAUCCAUUCUUAUGUGACUACACAGUAUUUAAUCUCACGUGUGUGAGGUAGGGCAGUGGUGCUUUAGAUAUCAACAGAGUCACACACAAUCCUCUAUGUGAUUAAAUAUUUUCUAUUUACAUAAGGUGCUAAGACUCAUAAACAUGGAGAUUCACGUGGAAAUUUAGAAACAAACCAUUGCUGCUGCUCAUUUGUAACCUGUUAAAUGUGGCACAUAUUUUCUAUACAAAGCAACUUAAGUUCUGCAUAAUUUUGCUCCUGAUGGUUACAAUUAGUGCUACUUAUGCUCCAACGGCAAAGGAAAACCAGACCCCCAAACCAUGUUCAUACUCUCCUUCCAUUAAGUUGUGUGUGCAAUAGACUCAAUAUACAGGGGGUACCUGUCUGUACCAAUAAGGACUUUUUCACUCUAGGCAUGCACUUUGACGUUUUAUUUUAUUUUUUGUUAUUUUUAUUUUUUUGCAAGGACAAAUACCAAAGGUGUGAAGCAUAACAAUGACGGUGAUUCCAAACAGCACCAUAAGUGGCUACAUUUGGCAGAAAGAGCUAUGAUGCAGAGAACAAUGUCUCUUGCUGUGGAACUUUCACAAAUCAUAAAGUGUGUAUAAAGAAAAAUCAUGAAAGCCUGACUUUAGAUUUUUAGUGUUCAAUUUUUUUAUCCCUUUGCCUCUGGAAGUGCCUGCAAUGCGCUUUGGUUGAAGACUUUUCCAGUGGUUGAAGUUGGUUAAACACAGAAAUUUAAUUUUCCUGCUUGUGAUGCUGCCUUGUUUUGUACAGUUUUAUGUACAUGAAAGUGUUGCUUUUUAAUAUAAACCUAUAAGAAAUAUAUAUAUAUAAAAAAAAAUCCCCACACAAAAUUCUUAAACUAAAAUAUUAUGGCAAAGUAUGUAACUAUUUUUAAGAUGGGUAAAUUAAUAUGUAUAAUCAGAAAAUAUGGUUGAAGUUUUUCUCGAUUUAUAAAUAUUUUAUGUAUUUUCCCAAGUGACUCACUCCUUGACCUCUCUCUGGGAAGUUUUUUACCUUCUCAUUCUAUUUUAAUUUUAUUAUUAUUUUAAUGACUGUCACUCCUGUUAACCUUCUUCCCCAUUUUUUUAGCCCUGUGAGCACAAUCAGUUUUUUUUUAUUCCAUUUUAGUUGUUUUCUUGUUUUUUAAUUGUUUCAGCAUGGCAAGAAAUAAAAAUGUGGUCUGUCUAUUACCGUUUUUACUUUCAGAUACAUGAAGAUCUUUCUGUUCUGUUUGCGGAGCUGUUAAAUAAAGAAUUCCAUUGUAAUUAUCCUUCCAAAA